ACCGGAAGUUUGGUGCUGUCUCUUUGUGGUCGGGAACAUAAACAACCCAUUUCUUGAGCAAGACGCUUUGCAAACCGAAGUUUGACACAGUUAGGAAGAGCUCAUUGUUCAUUUGACCAGUAUACAUUUUGGACGCUUCGUAUUCUCAACAAGGUCAGUCAUGAGACUCCACCUUCCUGUUCUGGUCUGCCUGGUAGCAGCUCUGUCCUCUGCUGCCAUUCCGUCAUCGCGUGAUUUAUGGACUAAACUGAUCCUGACCCAGCAGUGGCCCAACACCUUCUGUGCUAUGGAACAUUGCCAUCCCAACUUUACCUACUGGACGCUCCAUGGACUGUGGCCUGAUAAAGGGAACCACUGCAAUUCCUCCUGGCAUUUCAACUCCUCUGAAAUAGAGGAUCUGCUCCCAGACAUGAGGAAGAGUUGGCCAGACCUGCUUAAUCCUUCAUCUGUACAAUUCUGGAAUUACGAAUGGUCUAAACAUGGAACAUGUGCGGCUGAAGCAGCUUCCCUAAAUAGUCAACAUAAAUACUUCAGCAAGGCGCUGGAAUUAUAUCAUAAGGUGGAUUUGAACAGCAUCCUGCUGAAGCUUAACAUCAUCCCAUCAUCUGACAAAUACUACAAUUUUUCAGAAAUUGAGGAAGGACUGGAAAGGUUUUAUGGUGUGAAAGUUAAAAUUCAGUGUGUGCAUCCGUCAAAGAAUUCUGAGCCCCAGAUCUUGGGACAGAUUGAGAUCUGUUUCGAUGCUGAAUUCACUCUGCAUGACUGUGAGAAGCAUUUUUCCAUCGACACUUUUUCAAGAGGACUCGGGGACCAUCCCCUUGGUGUAAACAAUCCGUCUGGACUCAGCGUUUGUGCCCAUGAUAUACCAGUUUAUUACCCGCCUACUGCUUAAAUGCAAACAUUCUCAGACAAAGGAAGUGUCACACACUACUAAUCUCCUUUUUUUAUGCACAAAAAAAAGGUUAGGGUUAACCAUAACCCUAGCUUUUGUUUGUAAAUGCAUUCUCAUUCAGCCUGCACACUAAUAUGUAACCACUCUCUCGCUCUGUACUAUGGGAGGAAAGUUUGAAAUCAAAUUUACUUCAGCCAAAAUCAUAUUUGCAUUUACAGAAACAAAAAUUAAAGAUAAACAUGGAAGCUAAAUAUUUUUGGAGUAACCUCUUUAUCAUGCCAAUGUCCCUAAAGUGAAGAGGUUUAAGCUGGGUUUGUACUCGCUGCAUGGAACAGGGCUUAAGGUGGUGCAACUCAGCCUUUCUGUAACUUUGCGUGGACAAAUUCUUUUCUACUGACGUCAAAUGGGUUGAAAGUUUCAAGCGGCAACAUUUUGUUAAAUGCUCUAUUGUUA